CAUUGGAGGCCAUCUUGGAAGCUGUCUUCCAAAAUAGUUGCCUACCAUGCCUUGGUUUUCUCUGUUUGCAUUAACCUUUUUUUCCCCUCUAUAUUUACUGUGAUUAUCUUGAGUAAUUUAAAUAAAAUUUUUCAUUUGAAUUUUAGCUGUGUCUAUGCUAUUUCUUUUAUGUUUCUAAUAUAUUUAUUAGCACUGUUACAGAUUUGUUUUGGUCUUCAAUUUAUCUCUUCUGUCAUCUCACUCUGUUUUAUCAACUAUUCCUUGAAGUCUAGUUUUCUUGAAUUUAUGUUUUUAUUAAGUUCUAAUAGAGUGUGACAUUUGAGAUGAAUCUUCUUUUUCCUUAGGCAUGUUUGCAGAGUUGCCUUGCUGUUUCUCUGAAAAAUUGUGGGUGAAUGCUCUUUAACACUUCUGCCACCUUUUUCUGAUGUUUGUUUUCUCCUGUGGGCUAUAUUGUGAAGGCUGGGGUGUUCUUUUAUGUACUUUCCUGAAGCCUGAGGGAGGGGGAGAGGGAGCACAUGGCCAAUGCAGUGUUUUUGUUAAGUAGCCUUCAGGAAUGUUUCCUCUUUUCUGUGGGGUUACCUUUGGGUUAUCUUCUCUAUUAAGGGUGGAUCCCUGAAAAAUGGCAUACCCUGGUGGUUUUUCUAGCCCCUGCUGAAAUCCUUUGAAGGAACGUACUUAUUUGUCAAGAUUCGUCUAAAAAUAUGGUCUCCAGAAAUGAACAUAGAUGUGCUGUGAGCUCCUUGCAGUUGUGAUUGCGACACUGAUAAUUAAGAUUGGUUUAGUUGUUCUGUCGUACUUCAUCAAAUUGUUGAUUCACAUUGAAUUUAUCAAACGUCAUUCUAUUCUAAAAUGUGAAAGUAUUUUUAACUUAAAUGUAGGAAUUCGCAUGUAUCCAGGACAAGUAAAUUUUUGUGAAACAUUGCAGAUGUUAGAUGGAUUUGGGAGAAUUUUCCAAACUAAGUGGACAAACUUAUAUAGCUACAUAAAUAGUAAUUUUACCAAAUGUUGCAAGAACUCUGGAGUUCUUAUGGUAGUAAAAUGCCGGAAAGAAAAUUCUGCAUUGAAAGAAUGUCUAACUGCUUACUAUAAUGAUCCAGCCUUUUAUGAAGAAUGCAAAAUGGAAUACCUGAAGGAAAGGGAAGAAUUCAGAAAAACUGGAAUUCCUACAAAGAAAAGGCUACAGAAGCUUCCAACAAGCAUGUAGGCAGAUACUCAAAUGACAUUCAGGAACUCUAAUAUUCAUGGAAGUCAUUUUAUAGUCCUUAAAUAAUGGACUCAAGCAUAUAUGUUUGCUUUACCUUAAUUAUGGAAAUAUUAACUUUAUCUGAAAUAAAUAUUUUAUUUCA